AUGCUGGAGGCUUAUUUGCGAGGCCGUUGCGACAUCGCCACGCCUUGCAGCAGAAUAGAGUCUAUGGCAGAUCCCGAUGAGAUUUACGACUUUAUCGUGGUUGGUGCGGGCUCAGCGGGCUCCCUCGUAGCUGGCAGAUUAAGUGAAAUAGAAGACUACAAGGUGCUGGUUUUAGAAGCGGGUAGACAGGAACCCAUCGGCGCGCGGCCGCCAUCGUUCUACAGAAACUUCUGGUCGAAUGAUGAAGUUGAUUGGAAGUACCGCACCGUUGUGGGCAACUACUGCCUUGACCAAGGCGAUAAAGGAUGCCAAUGGCCUCGAGGAAAGGUGUUAGGUGGCACCAGUGUGCUAAACGGGAUGAUGUACAGUCGGGGCCACGCCGCAGACUACGCGACAUGGGGCGAGAAGUGGUCUUGGGAGAGCAACUUGCCAUUCUUCGACAUGACAGAGGGAAACAGGGAGAUCGGAAUCUCCGUCAGCGGAGAGUGCCAUUCGGACAGCGGGCCGAUGCCAGUUCAACGAUUCCGUUACCAGCCACCGUUCUUGUACGAAUUGUUGCGCGCCGUAGACGAGGUCGGCCUGCCCAUCAUCGAAGACAUGAACGACCCAAACACCCCAGAAGGAUUCGCUAUUGCGCAGGCCUUUAAUGAUGACGGACAAAGGUUCACAACGGCCAGGGUCUUCUUGAAGCCGCGGUCGGAGCGGCCGAAUCUGCAUGUGAAGCUGAACGUGCACGUGACCAAAGUGCUGAUAGAGGGCUCACGCGCAUACGGCGUGCAGUAUUUCGACGAAGCUGGCAAUGUCAAAACCGUUUUCGCCGCAAAGGAAGUCAUAUUGAGCGCUGGUGCUCUCAACAGUCCCCACAUACUGUUCCAUUCGGGUAUCGGGCCCCGCGACAUACUCGAGGCGGUCGGUCUACCAGUCCUGGUGGAUUUGCCGGUCGGCCAGAACUUGAGGAACCAUCUCGGCGUCACGAUUGAGUUCAUGCUGACCAAGCUCGAGAACGUACACCAGUUGGAUUGGAGCGCAUUGACGGAGUACUUGCUCAAUCGGGACGGUCCGAUGAGCUCUACGGGAAUUACUCAGUUAACGGGGCUGUUGUAUUCAAGCUUGGCGGAUCGGAGCCUGAAUCAGCCGGAUCUUCAGUUCUUCUUCAACGGCUUCUACGCGGAAUGUUCGGAAACGGGCAUGAUCGGCGAGUCAGUGGGGAGCUGUUCGCACAAGGGGACCAAUGUUUCCGUAAACGCCGUCUCGUUGCUACCGCGUAGCGUCGGCUUCAUAACGGUCAACUCCAGCGACCCGAUGGUGCCGCCGCUGUUCUAUCCGGAGUACUUCUCUCACCCAGAGGACAUGGUGAUGGUGAAGGACGGCGCCAGAUACAUUGAGAGAAUAAUCAACAGUGAUCUGCUGAAGAACAAGUACGGUAUCAAGCUGAAGUCGGACUUCGCGCCCCAAUGCUCGAACGCACCGGCGUGGUCGGACGAGUGGCUGGAGUGCGUGGCGCGCGUGGCCACCGACCCCCAGAACCACCAGCUCGGCACCGCCGCCAUAGGGCACGUGGUCGACGAAGAGCUGCGCGUGUACGGCGUCCAAGGCCUGCGAGUGAUCGACGCGUCUGCAAUGCCGACCCAGACCACUGGCAACCCACAGGGCGCGAUUAUGAUGGUUGCUGAAAAGGGCGCUGAUUUCAUCAAGCAGUACUGGUCGUCAUACACGCUACUCCGC